AUGAGUUCUAACCACCCUGAACCAGAUGCCCGGGAACCCCAGAGUCCCUGUCCACAGGCCCUGUCCCAGAGUUCUUCCAGCUUGCUGUGUGAAGGCCGGGAGCAGAGGCCAGAGCUUCGCAAGAGUGCCAGCAGCACCGUGUGGCGGGCCCAGCAGGGUGAGGCCAGUUCUAGUCCCCGGAGCCUGCAGGAGGAGGGGUGCCAGACGGAGAUCACGGAGCAUGCGCAGACCGCAAGCACUCCGUCACAGGCUGGUGCUGGAGGCCACUGGAGGAGCAGCACUGUCGGUAAUGUGUCUACCAUGGGCAUCGGUGACCUGUGUCGCCUACGGGCCCCCAGCGUGGCAGCCGUGCAGAGGAGCCACUCAGACUUGGUCCAUAGUACCCAGACCCGGGGUCAUGGCAGCGUUCAGAAACCCAGUCUGAGCUGUUCUGCCCUUGGCAGCUCACCUACCCACAGGGCUCAGCUGCAGCCUGGCAGUGUUGCUGGCCAAGGUGGCCAGACCCCUGCCCUCCUGCAAAGUGACUCAGCUCCAGAGGACGGGACUUCUAAAUCAGCCUGCACAUUGGGGGAGAGUCAGGAGUGGGCGCCAACGGUAGAACCAGAAGGUACAACUGGUCUCCUCAGCGGUCCCCAGACUGGGCCCAGAACUGCUGGACAGCCAUUUCCCACUUCCUGCCACGCCUUGCCUCCGGCUGCUCUGCUCUGCACUCUGGGGGAGGCUGUAGCUGGUAGUUGCUGCCAUGCCCUGCCUGCCAAAGGCAUCCUGGCCUUUCCCAAAUUGGUGGCAUCGGUGAGUGAAUCUGGGUUGCAGGCACAGUGUGGGAUGAAGUUCCACUGUCAGUUGUCGGGGGGGAUUUCUGGGCACCCUCACUGUUGUGUCCACCCUUGGGGGCCCACAGGGCUAGCCACAGAGACUGGCUCCAGGACCAAAGAUGUGUGGACCAUGACCUCAGCCACUGAUUUGGCUCUGGGUGUGGCAUCAGCCCAGGAUGCUGGGGUUCAGGCAGCCCCAGUGGCAGCCUGCAAGGCUGUGGCUACCAGCCCAUCCCUGGAAGCACCUGAGACUCUGAACAUGUUUCCAGAGGUAAUCCUGGGGCCCAGCCCACGGGAGGCGGCAUCGCCCGUGAGGGAUGUACGAUGGGAUGCCGAGGGCAUGACAUGGGAGGUGUACGGAGCCUCCGUGGACCCUGAGGUGCUCGGCAUUGCCAUCCAGAAGCACCUGGAGAUGCAGUUUGAGCAGCUGCAGCAAGCACCAGCUAGUGAGGACAGCCUGUCUGCAGAGGGCCGGCGGGGCCCCCUGCGGGCUGUCAUGCAGUCGCUGCGGCGCCCCAGCUGCUGUGGCUGUUCUGGAGCUGCUCCAGAAUGA